AGCACGGCCAAUAUACAUCCAUAUUGACGACAGCGAGGAGCUCGAGGCGCUGCGUGCAGCGCGUGAACAGUUUUAACUUCCGCACACUAAUAUGAACAACAAUACAAGCCCGGACGAUCGACACUGCUAGGCGUUCACACUAUUAGUUAUCGCAAGAUUUUGACAUAAUGUCAGACUCUGAUACUGACUAUGUUGGAGAGGACUGGGCAGAGAUAAAAGCCCGGAUGAGUGUUAAGCUUUUGACCAAAAAUGAUACAGUUGUCGCCAUCCGUCCAUCAGAGAUGGUCUAUGAACAAUGGAGUGUUAUCCCUAUUGACAUCAGAAGAGAGGCCGGAGAACGGAUGAGAAUUUGUGCCUUCUGGCUUCCAAUGCUGCUGCAGCGUGAAGAGCCCAGCACUACUGCCUGCUGGGCUUUACAAUUAGAUCUGAUCGCAAGUGAUACUGACGAUCUUGAUAUGAAGCACCUGCAGAAGAUCGAAACGUUGGAGGCCGUCCUCAGAGCCUUGGAGAAAGGAACUUUGAAAAAGGACCAAACAAAACAUGCUGUCUGGAUCAGCAACAUGUUUAACUUGCGUUCCCCAAAGGUUUUGGAGGAAGCGUUAGACUGGUUGGAGCAAACAGGAGAACCUGCCAUCCGCCAUCGCAUCAUGGGUCUCGGCCAUCCACACAUCUGCUUCACAGCGCUGCACCUUAUCUUCACAGAGUUUGCGAAGUACAUUCAAGAAAUGGGUUCCAACUUGGAUAAGACGAUGAGGGCACUGAGGUUUCGACCAGCUGACCACCUAAUAGAGAAAAGUGAAGAAAUGAAGAAAAAGGGAAAUGAGAACUUUGAGAAGAAGCUGUAUGCAGACGCUGUGAAGUUUUAUUCUAAAGCCAUCAAAUUUUACCCUGGCAAUCACAAGAUUUAUGGAAACCGAGCGCUAUGCUAUAUCCGUUGUAAGAAAUAUCUAAAAGCUGUUACUGAUGGAAAACGUGCUACUCUGAUAAAACCACUCUGGGCGAAGGGUCACUACCGCUACUGUGAGGCUUUGUUCUCUUUGGGGGAAGCAAACAAGGCUAUUGAAGCCAACAAAUCAGCUCAAAGUCUGUGUAAAGACGACCCCGACGUCAAAGACCUGGAAAACCAACACCAGAAAUUCAUAAUUGAAAUGCCUAACCCCAAAGUUGGACAGUCUAAGAAAAACCAAAGUAAAAGGCUGGAGAGCACUAACAAAGCACAUGCAGUGGAGUCACGGCCGCAGUCUGUAAAAGCUGCUCAUAAGAUAGAUCCUCCUCCGAAGAGUAAAGUCUCGGCCGUUAAACUGGAAAAGCAACCAGUGAAAAAUGAAAAGAAUGCACAGUCAGAGGGCGGUACUAAAAACUCUAAGCCAUCAAAAAGUGAGCCUUCUUCAAAGAAUGGGAAAGGAGAGGUCGGCACGCCAACAAAGAAGAAACCAAAGAACCGAAAUCAGCCUGAAGAGAACCACAAAGUGUUUGAGAGUAAAGCAGGUGUGAGUAAAGAGUUGAGAAUGAUGGUGCACGACGCAAACUCUGCUCUGGUCGACCUCCGCAGCCACAACGCAGAGCAGGCCUUCAGGAAAGCACUGGCCAUGCUGGAAACCAACACAGCCAAGGAACUUGGACUUUCGACGCUGGAUGUUCUGUUGUUGCUGUACGGCCGCGCGUCAGCCCUGACAGAAAUCGGUCAGCCGGAGGAACUUGGAGAAGCACAAAAACUUCUGGAGAAGAUAAAGUCAUUUGAGGAGAGGACGUUCCAGUGUCUGGUUUAUUAUGCCUACGGGAGGGUUUAUCUCAAAGAGAACAGGUUUACACUUGCUCUGGAGCAGUUUUCAGAUUCCCUGCAGACGGUCAAUAAUCAAAUAACGCCGGGGAAACUCACCUGGCCUUUAACCAAUGAGAUUGUUAAAGAAACGCAGCCGGACGAUUUCAAGGAUAUUCUUCAGCGUGCUAUUGGGCUGUGCAAAUUUCCUCCGCUGCCCGUUGCCAUUUGUCGUCUUGAGAAUUGCCUCGGCCCUUUGAAAGCAGAAAUCUACUUGACUGAUCCAGAUUUUAAGGGCUUCAUUAGAUUGUGCUGCUGUCACAGCUGCGUUGUUUCAUACCACAUCGCCUGUUGGAAGACGCUCAAAACGUCUUCCUUCUUUGAAAAGAAUGAAAAGGAUUUCCUGCAGGACUCGUGUUUGACUCCGGACUGCGUCGGCCAAAUCUGUAGUAUCAUAAUCUUUGGUCCGACGGGGCUGCCCAAGUGUACGUUUAAAGCCGCCAUCGUCAAACCACAGACUCCGAAGAGACCGAAAGUGAAUCAGAAAUGUACAAGUCUGAGGAAGUUAAAAUCAAAGGAAGAGCACAAACUGAAUAAGAAGCAGCAUAAGCAGUCGUUUCAAGAGAAGCAGGCGAUCAACGAUGAGAUUCUGCAGCAGAAGGAAGAAUCGGCGGCACAGAGUCAGCAGAAAGCCUGGUUGCUGUACAGGGAUCGAGUUCUUCUGCAGAUCAGCCAGAACAUGGAGCUGCUGAGAGAGGAGAAGGGCCUCCACGUGUCGGCCCUGACCGGAGGUCUGAAGCCCUGGCUGGAGCUGGACUCAUCGAGGGGAAACCAGCUAGCUGAGAGGAUACUGAACUGGCAGCAGGAGCCGCUGGACACGCUAGGUCAGGUCGUCGAGCUGCUACUGGAGAGGAAGAACCGGGUCUGGGCUCGUGUCCUUAUCCAACUACUCAGUAGCUGUCUGGAUAUAAAUCCUAAACUCAACAGUUGGGCGUGCCAGCUGAACAAUGCAGGUCUGAAUGCUGCCAAAAGCUUCAUUGAGCGCUACGCAGAACACUUGGAGCAGCUGGAUCUAGGUUUUCUGCUCAGCUUUGGCCCGUUGCAGGACGUGAUUAUAGAGAAGCUCGGUACUAGUCUGGAGCUUUUGUCAAGAAAGGGCUUGACUGUGACUGAAUACCUAAAACAGGCCCCACCGCAUGACAUGAGGAUUUUUAUCUGGACUCUGGAGGAGCAUAGAGACAAGUAUCUCUCCUGCCACCCUAUACUGGAUGAGUAUUUUGAUAUGAUGGAUGGACAUUGUUCAGUCUUAAAAAAGUCUGAUAAAAAUCAAAAUAAUUCUCCUUUGAAGAGUCGAGGCCGGAAAAAGAAACAUAAAGGGACAAACGGUGUUAUUGUUUGGUCUGGGAACAGAGGUCUAUCUCAGCGAGAUGAAAGUGACCAAGACUUUUUUGAAGAUGACUCUUUAUCAUUCCUUCACCCCGGUGAUCCAUUCAGUGUACCGAGUCACCUUCGAGAGCAAGUGGCCGAUUUUGAGGACCAGUACGACACCACCAGACACGGAAGUCGCUAUAAAAUGAUUUUGGACAACAACCCCGACCCGACAAAAGAGAGUUUAUACGACUACUUUGCUCAGAUCUUGGAGGAGCACGGUCCGCUGGUUGCGGAGGACCGUCUGCUGGUAGGUGAGCUGGAGAAUUUCCCUUCCGUGGCUCAGGUCAAGAUCCAAGAAGGGGGCGGCUUCGAGGCCUUCCUCCUGGAGUCCCUUCGCUUCAUAAAGAUGGGCAGGUGUAUCGGCCUGGCGAAGCAUGCCGUUUCCCUGCAGCAGGCUGGACACGGAGCCAGCCUGGAUGACCUGGAUGUCAUAACAGAUUCCGACUUGGACUGUCUGUCUCCUGAUUUGGAUGCGGGUCAUUAUCCCGGUUUCACAAGCUAUAUGGACAGUUAUUCAUCUGCACAGACUGACAUCGCUCCCAUCCUCCCAAAUCCCUAUGCAUUUGUCCCCCGGUCUCCUCAGCUUGGCCAGUCAGCUAGUGAAGUUACUCUUCCUGGAAAUUAUAUGUUUUACCCCAUGUGUAAUGGUGACAGUCAACAGCAAGCCACCUGCUUUUUACCAGAUGACUACGGGGAGCUGGAGCUACCUCCCGCUGCGGUUGAUGUUGGAGUUUUGGAAACUUCUUCAGUGACGACUGAUGAAAGCCUUUUGAAGAAACAUGCAGCUGUACAGACGUGUCAGGAGACCAUGAGGAGUGUAGCCGUGAAUACAGAGAUUCAUGAGCGUUUUGAGAGCUGCCAGGGUGACAUCAACAAAAAGCAAAACGGCAACAAAAGGUUGGAGCAGCAGAUCAAGGAAAUGGCACAAGGCUGCGACGAAGUCAACCUGACGCACAAAGAAGACAUCGCUGUCCUCGAGGAAGAAGUUCAGCAGAUCACUGCCACUAUACAAGUGACCAAUAAGGAGCUGGCCCUGUUCCAGCAGAAGCUGGAGGAGGAAGUGAAGAAGGACCAGAAGGAGAAGAAAGCCAACCAGGAAGGACUGAAGUCCCUGAAGGUGGAGAUCGAAGAUAUGAUGGCGCAACACGGGAGUAUUAUCCAAAACAUCAGAGAGAAGAAGACCAGCUUUGACGCACAGUUGAGAGAUUUCCUUGAGCUGAACAACCAGUCAGCAGCUGAGAAGAUGAGUCUGGAGGAUGAGAUCAAGCGCUGUAAGGUCUUGCUUACCGCGGCGCCCAGGAGGUCUCACACAGCUCAAGCGCUGGUAGUGGAGAGCAUUCGGGAUCAGGGUUUGUACGGCCUCUACAGAGAGCUGGCGAACGGCAAGGCUCUGCUGACCAAGCUGGACGAAGUUGCACACAGAUAUCCAACCCCAGACUUGGAACUCACGAGAACCCGCUUGAGAGUUGACAUCCAAGAAGUUGAAAAGAAGAUCUCCACAGCUGAGUCACAGUACCAGGAGCAGCUGGAUCAAGUGAAGAACGGCCGAAGAGUCAGUGAGCUGCUUCCUGUCGCCGUCAAAAAGCAGCCGGAGGCUCCAGCUGCACCGGUGUCUAUGGCAGCCAGAGUGUCCCCCCCCAGCCUCCCCCCAUAUGUCCAAUCGUCUGCAGCUCAAGCGCCUCAACACAAACCUCCUCCCAGCUCUGUGUUUGAUAAAGCCAUCGAGGGCCUGGUCGCCAUCUUCCCUGGCUAUACGAGCUCAGACUUGAUGAGGUUUGUUCAGGAGUUGCGUUCAUCCAGCGGUGGAACCCUCAGCAGCAUGACGCUGCAGGAUAUGAUCGGUGGAGUGACGCAGCUGAUCCUGGACCAUCAGGAGAAGCUUAAUCCUGCCAAAUUGAACACCAUGGGACGUGCGAGUCCAGCUCAGUGUGCCCCCCCGGUCUGGCAGUCACUCGGACAACAGAGAUCCACAAACAACAACGCACUGAAUGUCGAGGAUCCGUGCAUCAUCUGUCACGAGGACAUGAGUCCAGAAAACGUCUCUGUGCUGCCGUGCAGACACAGUUUCCACGUCACGUGUAUCCGGCCGUGGCUGAAGAAGCAGAGCACGUGUCCCAUCUGCAGAAAGCACGCUCUGAUGAAGGAGGAUUUCCCAGAGCUGUCAGGCCGGAGACGCCAAGCUCCAUAAUGUCUUAACCCUCCUUUAAUAUUCCUUUCACCACCUGCAUGCGUUUUAUCUUUUAAUUUACGGCUUAUUUCAUUACAAUCUAAAACCGAAAGUUCUUUGUAUCAUUAAAAUGUUCAGAUUUCUAAGAACUCAAUAAAUGACACCGUUGUGUUUGA